UUAUUAACAAAACAAUAUUUUAUUUAUUAUGGCAUUAAUUCAUAAUCAAAAUGAUAUCUAGAACAUGUUUAGCAAAGCUGGUAAAAUCACUUCAGAAAAAUACAUUGUUUUUCAAAGAAAAGAGGAAAUUAUAAACAACAGACCUAGAUAUUUUAAUACCAAAUCUUAAUCAGUUGCAUCUCCAGAAGAAAUCAAUCUUUAACCUGAAAAGAAGAUUCCUGAAAUCACAAAUAAAAAGACAGAACAAAUUACAGAUGCCGAACUUGUCUAACGCAAAAAUUAACUCAAACUUUCUUAGCCCUUCUCUAAAUAACUCUCUCGAUAAGUUGGACAUUAUACUAAAUUAAGUAAUGAUAAUAAACCAUCUUGUGGAUAAUACCAUGUUAAAUUUAGCGAAUUAGAUAAGUAAAUUUAAUUAUCAUCAUUCAUUUCAGAGCUGUUCAUUCCAUUCAUGAUUAUGAUAAAUCUCUAAAAUAAACUACUCCAAGACAUGUACCAGGAAAGCUUGGAUAACCAGAAACUAUAGAGUAUAUAAAUAUUCAAUUUAUUUAAGCAAACCUAUUGUAGAUAGACCUAGAUUCUCUCGUACUUGUUUUACAGAUCUAAAUAGAUAAACUCCUAGGUAUUGUAUAUUUAUAUAUCAUAUUCUAGACCUGAUAUUUUCUUUGGAAGACCUACUCCACAUCCUGAUAGAUUCACUUUCUUAAAUGUCACUAAUUCUUGGAGUAAAAUUCCAAAAACUCCUUCUGUUCAAUUAGAUAAAUAAUUAUCUAGAGAAUAAAUGAUCAUCUAUAAAAAGAAAUAAUUUGCACCAGAUUAUCAUCCUAAUUUUGAAUAUGGAAAAAAGUUUUUAUUUAUUCUUUAUUUCGUUUUUAGAUAAUUAGGUAGUUGUGGAGCUCCUUUUGAUAAACUCGAAAAAAGAAAAGACAUUAUGACUAAAAUUCCACCUUACAAUAAUGAAGCUUAUUUUGAAUUUGAUGUCUAUUCUAAAGAUCCAAAUAGUAAAUUAUUUAGAAAUCCCACUGCUCCCAACUUUGACAGAAUGUAAGAAAGAGAAAAAGAUGGAAAAUCCUUAUUACCAAGCUUUAUGUAGGUAAAUAUUAUAUAUUAAUUAGAAAUUUACUAAUACUCGUCUUGGACUUACACAUUUAACAUAAAAAAUGUUAGAAGUCAAUAAUUUUAGAGAUGGAAGAUUCUAAACUAUCACAUCUAGUUUUAUGCCUUCCAAAUUAAAAAAAAAAUAAAAACUUGAUGAGUCCAGCGAAGAAAUAGAAUAGUUUGAAGACUAAUAAUGA